GCUUAAUAUUCUUAGGUACGGUAUUUAAAGAAAUAUUUACAAAGGUAACUAACUAUGUAUCUACCUAUCGCAAUAUUUAUACAAAUCUUGAAUUGGACCGAGUUCAAAGAAACCUUGAACUUUGGAGUUCAAUCUGCUUGGUCCUGGCACUGUACAUACUUCAUGAAUAACUGAUUGCUCUUUAUUUUUGGGGUUUCCGCAAGGGAAUCUAAAGUGAAGGAUGUGUACGCAAGAUGUCCUACUACGAUAUUGACGCGAUCCUGACAGAGGCCGAAAAGGUACCAUGCACAUUUGAAUUGGAAGUCGCUGACCUUGGCUACCUCGACAACAAUCCAUCCCAACCGCUCAAGACCGGCACCACAGUCAGCCUACCGUUAUGGCUCGCGGAACCCCUCGCUCUGACGAGUCGGACUCCCAAUAACCCAACGAACGACUCCAACCCCUUCGUCACCCUCGACCUACCACCUUCCCUAUCCAACGAGGUCAUGUCCGCACUAAAAGCCGACCCGCGCGCCGUCGCUCUCCGCGACCAAUCCCCCAACUUCUACGGCCUGGGAACGCGCAUGCUCGACGUGUUUGACGAGAAGGGGAUAUGCGCCACCCUGCGCAACACCUUCGUCACGAGAGCUGCUGACAUCGCGCUCCAUGCGAGAAAAGCGGGUGCUACGGAGGAUAUGGGUGUUGGUGCCGGCGAGGAAUUUUUAAGAGGGUUGGAGGAGUGGGAGAGGAAGUUGUUUAGGAAGGCCCAUGAAGGCACUAAAGGAGCAAAGGAGUGGAUGGAGGGCGUCAAGAAGCAUUAAAGGCUAAGGCGUUUGGGUCGGGAAGGAAUAGUUACAUUUUGGUACUGAUGCUACCCCUAGGUACAUACGAGAUACUAAGCACAUGGUUCAAUACAUCAUGGAUAAAUACAGACCUAACCUUAGAUUGUUAAUACAGCACGAGGUGUGCAUUCUGGACAAGUGGUAAGCCUAUCAGAAAUUCAGAAUUCAAUUGAUUGAUGAUGAAGGUUUAUAGUGGGAACUCGGAACAGCUGCUUUAGCCUUUAUGCAGUAAACACAGAACUUAGAUAAUCAUUAUAACACGUCUGCAAUCCUAUCGAUAAGCGCCUAGUAGGUAUAGUAG